UCAUGUGAUUCGCGGGAUUGAAAUGUUUACUGACGGGCCGCAGGUGUCAACUGUCAGUGUACAGUUAGCCGCGGAUGUUUUUUACCUGUUACAACGUUGUGAAAAUAGAUUUAUUCUUUGUAACGAUUUGGACGGUGAAUGUGGAAAACGAAAUACUACUUCACUUUGGAAAUAUCUGGGCAUAAACUGCUAAUCUGUGUUUCUCGACGUAAAAUGCAUUAUGAAAGGAAAGCGCUACUAAAGGAUUUAACACACUAUAGCACCAUGGGCCUAAUCCUUCAGUUAGGAUGGUUCUACUCAAGCAUUCAUUUUUCUCUGGAGGGAAAGUUUUAACUUUGAGAGCUACAAUGGCUUCACGAAAUCGACCAAUAUCUGACAUGGCAGCCUUUAAGGAUGUGCUCAGAAAAUCGAAAAACUGUGUUGUGUUAUCUGGAGCAGGUGUAUCUGCAGAAUCAGGUAUACCAACCUUCAGGGGAUCUGGAGGAUUCUGGAGGAAGUAUCAAGCACAAAACUUAGCCACACCUGAAGCUUUCCAGAGAGAUCCUUCUCUUGUGUGGGAGUUUUAUCACUAUAGAAGAGAACUUGUGAUGACAAGAAAACCAAACAAGGCUCAUUUUGCCAUAGCAGAUUGCCAAAAGAGAUUCAAAGAUCAAGGGAAAUCAUUUACAAUAAUUACACAAAAUAUUGAUGGGCUGCAUCAACAAGCUGGUGCUGAAGAUGUUAUAGAGCUGCAUGGUUCACUUUUCAAAACAAGGUGCACCAAAUGCCAUGAAGUGUUAGAGAACAGAGUCAGCCCAAUAUGUCCAUCGCUGGCUGGAAAAGGGGCUCCAGACCCAGGUGCAGUCUCAGCAGACAUUCCUGUCUCUGAAUUGCCACACUGCAAAUCAAAUGGCUGUGGAGGACUUCUGCGACCUCAUGUUGUCUGGUUUGGGGAGGGGUUGGAUCCUGAAGUCUUGGUACAAGCUGGCUUACAUUUGGAUUCUUGUGACCUGUGCUUAGUAGUGGGUACAUCUUCUGUUGUGUAUCCGGCAGCAAUGUUUGCUCCUCAGGUAGCAGCCAGAGGUGUACCUGUGGCAGAAUUCAACCUAGAGGAAACUCCUGCCACAAAUGAAUUUCAAUUUCAUUUUGAAGGACCAUGUGGAUCAACUGUUCCAGAAGCACUGUCAAUGUAGUAUUACUGAAACAUUUGUGUUCUAUUUCUGGACUUAAAUCAAAUGUAAUAGUAUUCUGAUGAGAAUGACAAACUGUUGGGGAAAAAAUGUAUAUAUUCAAAAUGUUGUGUUACCUGAAUGAUAAUUUUUUUUAAAAAAAUCA